GGCUGGUGGUGGCCGACAGGGGCUCGGAAGUGUCAGCGGCGGCUGGAGCCCGAGCGGGACGGAAGGCAGCGAGCCCCGGCCGGCCGCGAUCGCUCGUGGGGGGCGUGUGUCGGUGCCAGCGAAGCAACCAACAUGCAGAACGGCGCCUGGCGCCGUGACGACCCCUCCUCCCGUGGCCCAGAGGCCGGGUCCGCUCUGGGGCGGCGGAGAGCAUGAAGGAGGCCGGGGGGCCACUCGGAUCGGGGCUCAACUAGGGAGCGGCGCGCGCUGCACAUUCGCCGGGGCGCGGCGCGGCGCGGCGCAUCGGAGCGAGGGCGGGGAGCCGGGCAGGUCGCCCCAGCAGCAGGCGGGAGCCGAAGCCGGGGCCGCCCGGGAGCCGUUCUGAUUUUCCGCCGCGCCACGCGAGGGGGGUCCGGAGCAGGCAGCCCCUUGGCCCCCGGCUGGCAGGCGACAUGGGCAACGCGGGGAGUAUGGAUUCUCAGCAGACCGAUUUCAGGGCGCACAACGUGCCUUUGAAGCUGCCCAUGCCCGAGCCAGGUGAACUGGAGGAGCGGUUUGCCAUCGUGCUGAAUGCUAUGAAUUUACCCCCUGACAAAGCCAGGUUACUGCGCCAAUAUGACAAUGAGAAAAAGUGGGAACUGAUUUGUGAUCAGGAACGAUUCCAGGUGAAGAAUCCUCCUCAUACAUACAUUCAAAAGCUCAAGGGCUAUCUGGAUCCAGCUGUAACCAGGAAGAAAUUCAGACGGCGUGUUCAAGAAUCCACGCAAGUGCUAAGAGAACUGGAAAUUUCUUUACGAACCAACCAUAUUGGAUGGGUACGAGAGUUUUUGAAUGAAGAAAACAAAGGCCUUGAUGUGUUGGUGGAGUAUCUGUCAUUUGCGCAGUACGCGGUAACUUUCGACUUUGAGAAUGUGGAGAGCACUAUAGAGAGCUCUGUGGAAAAAUCCAAGCCCUGGAGUAGAUCCAUUGAGGACCUACACAGAGGGAGCAACCUGCCUUCACCUGUGGGCAACAGUGUUACCCGCUCUGGAAGGCAUUCUGCCCUAAGAUAUAAUACUUUGCCAAGCAGAAGAACUUUGAAAAAUUCAAGAUUAGUGAGUAAGAAAGAUGAUGUACAUGUCUGUAUCAUGUGUUUGCGUGCCAUCAUGAAUUACCAGUAUGGUUUCAACAUGGUUAUGUCUCAUCCACAUGCUGUCAAUGAGAUUGCACUAAGCUUAAACAACAAGAAUCCAAGAACAAAAGCCCUUGUCUUAGAACUGCUGGCAGCUGUAUGUCUUGUGAGAGGCGGGCAUGAGAUCAUUCUAUCUGCAUUUGAUAACUUCAAGGAGGUUUGUGGGGAAAAACAGCGCUUUGAGAAGUUGAUGGAACAUUUUAGGAAUGAAGACAACAACAUAGAUUUUAUGGUGGCAUCCAUGCAGUUUAUUAAUAUUGUGGUCCAUUCAGUUGAGGACAUGAAUUUCAGAGUUCACCUCCAAUAUGAAUUUACCAAGUUAGGCCUGGAUGAAUACUUGGAUAAGCUGAAACACACAGAGAGUGACAAGCUGCAGGUACAGAUUCAGGCUUACCUGGACAACGUGUUUGAUGUGGGAGCUCUGCUAGAGGAUGCUGAAACCAAGAACGCAGCCUUGGAGAGGGUGGAAGAACUGGAAGAAAACAUUUCUCAUCUAUCAGAAAAGCUGCAAGACACAGAGAACGAAGCCAUGUCCAAAAUCGUGGAGCUGGAAAAGCAGCUCAUGCAGAGGAACAAGGAGCUGGAUGUUGUUCGAGAAAUCUACAAAGAUGCAAAUACCCAGGUUCAUACAUUAAGGAAAAUGGUCAAAGAAAAAGAAGAAGCCAUUCAGAGGCAGUCUACCUUGGAAAAAAGGAUUCAUGAAUUGGAGAAACAAGGGACCAUUAAAAUUCAGAAGAAAGGAGAUGGGGACAUCGCCAUUUUGCCAGUUGUGGGUCCUGGUACACUAACCACAGGGUCAGAGGCUGCAGCUGCUAACUUUAUGGGACCAGUCGCAGGGUCAGCCUCCUCAGGAUCCUUACCCCCACCACCCACACUACCUCUGUCAUCAGACACACCUGAAGCAGCGCAAAAUGGUCCUAUAACAACACCACCUAUGCCGCCUCCUCCACCACCUCCUCCGCCUCCCCCGCCUCCUCCACCCCCGCCGCCUCCCCCUCCUCUCCCAGGUCCUGCUGCUGAGACUCCCCCCUUACCACCUCCUCUUCCUCCCUCUGCACCCCCUCUGCCUGGAACUUCUUCGCCCACUGUGGUUUUUAACUCAGGAUUAGCAGCCGUGAAAAUUAAGAAGCCAAUCAAGACGAAGUUCCGAAUGCCAGUUUUUAACUGGGUGGCUCUGAAGCCAAAUCAGAUCAAUGGCACAGUCUUCAAUGAAAUAGAUGAUGAACGAAUUUUAGAGGAUUUAAAUGUAGAUGAAUUUGAGGAAAUAUUUAAGACAAAAGCCCAAGGUCCAGCCAUUGAUCUCUCUUCAAGCAAACAGAAGAUAACACAGAAAGGAUCAAACAAAGUGACAUUACUAGAAGCAAAUCGGGCCAAAAAUCUUGCCAUAACUUUAAGAAAAGCUGGAAAGACUGCCGAUGAAAUAUGCAAAGCUAUUCAUGUAUUUGACUUGAAGACGUUGCCUGUAGACUUUGUAGAAUGUUUGAUGAGAUUCUUACCAACGGAGAAUGAAGUGAAAGUGCUCAGGCUCUAUGAGCGGGAAAGGAAGCCAUUGGAGAAUUUGUCAGAUGAAGACCGGUUCAUGAUGCAGUUUAGUAAGAUUGAGAGGCUCAUGCAGAAGAUGACCAUCAUGGCCUUCAUUGGGAAUUUUGCUGAAAGCAUUCAAAUGUUGACUCCUCAACUACAUUCAACUAUAGCAGCAUCUGUUUCCAUAAAGUCAUCCCAAAAACUCAAGAAAAUCCUGGAGAUUAUCUUGGCUCUUGGAAACUAUAUGAACAGUAGUAAGCGAGGAGCAGUUUAUGGAUUCAAGCUUCAGAGUUUAGACUUGCUUUUGGAUACGAAGUCAACAGACAGAAAGCAAACCCUGUUGCACUAUAUAUCUAACGUUGUCAAAGAAAAAUACCACCAAGUGUCACUGUUUUAUAAUGAACUACAUUAUGUGGAAAAAGCUGCUUCAGUCUCCCUUGAGAAUGUUCUUCUGGAUGUCAAGGAACUCCAGCGGGGCAUGGACUUGACCAAACGGGAGUACACCAUGCAUGACCAUAACACACUGCUAAAGGAGUUCAUCCUCAACAACGAGGGGAAACUAAAAAAGCUGCAGGAUGAUGCCAAGAUUGCCCAGGAUGCCUUUGAUGAUGUUGUGAAAUAUUUUGGAGAAAAUCCCAAGACCACACCCCCAUCUGUCUUCUUUCCUGUCUUUGUGCGAUUUGUGAAAGCCUAUAAGCAAGCAGAAGAGGAAAACGAUCUGAGGAAAAAGCAGGAACAAGCACUCAUGGAAAAACUGCUAGAGCAGGAAGCAUUGAUGGAGCAACAAGACCCAAAGUCUCCUUCCCACAAAUCAAAAAGACAGCAGCAAGAGUUAAUUGCAGAAUUGAGAAGGCGGCAAGUUAAAGAUAAUAGACAUGUAUAUGAAGGAAAAGAUGGUGCCAUUGAAGAUAUUAUUACAGAUCUUAGAAACCAACCAUACAGACGAGCCGAUGCGGUGAGAAGAAGUGUCAGGCGGCGCUUUGAUGAUCAGAACUUGCGUUCUGUUAAUGGUGCCGAAAUAACCAUAUGAACCUGAGAGAGACCGGCCUAUAUGAAUUGAGGGUGUGUGUGAAUGAAAUUGUCCACGUGAACUUUACGUGCUACCAUUAAACUGCAGCCUUGAAAAUAAAACAUUGUUAAGGGUUCAGAUCAAGCAGACUAAUAGGAACUUAAAAUGGGCUAUCCUUUCAAACUUUGUUAACAAGUGCCUAAAAGUGGAAGUACCUGCUCAGAUUAAUCAAAGCAAUAGGAUUUGAUUUGAUUAGGUAUCUUUUUUUACACAUCAAUAUGUCACACAAUUUUUUAACCAAAAUGUAAAUGUCAUAUUACAUUCACUACCUGCCAUUGUGAUUGUCCUAUGAUGGCCCACCCUGGUUUCCCAAAAAGUUGUAAAUAACAUGGUUGCAUAUGCUGUGGGCUUCUUGCUGAGAUGUCUUCUAAGGAAUUAUUUUUUCAACCAUACACACCUGUAUUGUAUUUUCAAGGGUUUGCCAGAUAUGGGAGAAAUCAACUUUGUCCAUAACCAAGCCCUACCUAGUGAAGACCAAACAGGAUGCAAAUGUAGUGUCAUAUAAGGUCACUCAACCCAGUCUUGUUUCACAUUCUACAUACUAUUUCUGUGGUAAGGUAUAAUGACUAUGAAAACCGUCCACAAAAUAGAAAUACAUCUAAGAUUUCUUUGCAGUACUGUCUUCUUUACAGGCAGCUUUUAAACAAUGCAAAUGUAUUUAUUAAUUAGCACUAAACUUAACAUCUCAGUAAUCAGUAUUUGGAGUUGAGACCAUUAUGGGUCAGCCCUGAGAUUAGAAAUCAGUGCCUUGCUCGCCAGGGGAAACUAUCACUAGCUCUUUCAACAAAGCAUUCAAGAUUACUUCUGCUAGUCAAGUGUAGUGUUAGUAACCAGGCCUUACAUUCUCCUGACAAUCGCAAGGUUCUUCCCCUCCACCCCCCUUUUGUAAAUUGGAAGACACAUUUGUCAUUUGGAACAGUAAGUGUCCUAUUUUCCAGUUUACUCUAAAAAAAUUUUUUGGCCCUAAACUGUCAAUGCACAGAUUAUGAGGUGCUGGACUAAACUGGUGUCAUUGGCAUAUUAAGCAAGCACCUUAACCCCUCUACUCUUUUCCAGCACUUCCCAGUUUACUUCACCGGGAAUUGCAAUUAAAUUGCUGAAAUAUUCUCAUCAGGAUUAAGUUUCAAUAGGUAAUGGGGUUAAAUAGCUAAGCCAUAGUUAUUUUUCCUUUGCCUCAUCUCUGGCAGGGCACUUGAUCCAUUCCAAAGUCAAAAACUGGACUAAAGCUAAUUUGUACUUUUUCAUAAUAUACAUUCUGCUUCUGGCUUAACUAGGUACAUCAUUAUAUUAAUUGUAAAGUUUAUUGUAUAGUAUUUAACCACUGAAUUCUUUUUGUUGUGCUUUAUGUGAACUCCUUGGUGAAGGUUCCAUCUUCCUUGGAUAAUGUGUAGUUAUAUCUCUUUUUAAAUGUACAGAUAUUUUGCUAUGAAAUUGGUGCAGUUUUUUAUGGUUUUUACACUUCUCUUUAAUCCCCACCUAAGCCUCUGGGUAAUAUUGUAAAUAUUGUUUAAAAAUGCAUCAGCCUAUUCUAUACAAUCUGAAUAUUAUUUUAACUUAUAGUUUUUUUAAUAUAUAUUUAACUACAAGGACAGUUUAGGGAUCAGUUACAUUUCACAUUAGUAUACCAAUUUACAGAGAAUACUUUUAAACUGCCACCUGCUAGCACAUUUUCAUAAAUGUGUCCUUCAAAAAGAAUGUGCCAAGAUUGUGUCUUAAGUUUGACUCAUUUUGAUAUAAAAAAAUUGACAGAUACAACACAAAUAGUCCUUCAAUAAAACGAUCUUGUUCCCAAAGCUCAAAGCUCAUAAGCAUAUGCUGAAAUAAUUGUGUUUACUUAAAAACAGACAAUAAUUUUGGCAUGUUCUUUUUCUGUGUCUAUUAAUGGGCCUGCUUCAUAGCAAUAUUAGAUAUGUUUUAUAAAAGCAGUUCAUUGUUACUUUUCUGGUCUUUUCAUGGCAUAUGAACAAAUAAACUAUUUACACUA